AUAUAUGAUAUACAUACAUAUACAUACACACAUAUAGACAUACAUAAUUUGUUGAGAAUUUAAGUCUGAGUUCAAGUCCCAUAUUGGAUAGAAAUGAGAAAAUAGAACACUAUAUAGUGAAAGACCCAUAACUUUACAGUUUUGGAUAAAGAUUGGUAUCAAUCUCUUACGUGGCUGAACUUAGAUCUCAUUUGGUAUUCUGUCUUUCCGGUGAACUCCCUCCUCGAUAGUCCCAACAGAAUUCACAUCACUUUUAAUUUCUUCAUAUGUUUUAUUAACAGGUUUGAUUAAGAAAAUGAAUGAAAUUAGCACCCUUUGUGGGAUUGAGGCAUGUGCCAUAAUCUAUUCUCCAAAUGAUCCUCAGCCAGAGGUUUGGCCAUCUGAGCCAGAAGUACAAAGGGUGCUUUCCAAGUUCAUGGAAAUGUCUGAGCAGAAACAAUGCAGAAAGAUGUUGAAUCAGGAGAGCUUGUUGAAGCAAAUAAUCAUCAAAGGCCAACAGCAGUUGACAAGACAAAGGAAUGAUAACAGGAAGAAAGAAAUGACUCAUCUUAUGUUUCAGUACUUGAAUGUUGGGAGGGUUUUUGACAAUCCUAGUUUGAUAGAUUUGAAUGAUCUCUCAUGGCUGAUUGAUCAGAACCUGAAUGAAAUAAAAAAGAAGAUGACUAUGAUCCAAAUCCAAGAAGGGGAACCAGUGACUGAAAAUGGAGGAGAACGUGGACACAUGCAUCAUGUUCAAGGGCUAGAGAACAGGAUAGACACCAUUCAGAACCAAUAUUGAUUCAUGGAAUCCUUUGCAGAUGUUAAUGUCUAAAAAGUCUUCGGCCAAAACCAUGUUUCCUUUAAAGAGAGUUUCUAUGGUUUUUCUCAUUUGAAUUAGCAAUUCUUAGUUUAAUGUCUUUCUUCGAACUAUGUUUUUAUUUUGGU